UGGUGUGUGCGUUUAUUUUACAAUGUGGCGGGAGAGACUUCAGCAUACUACAGUCUCAAACUCUCAACACACCAACUUGCUCCGUUUUGUUGAAGAUACUCGUGCUCGUGCUUUGGUCUCGUGUUCACUCUUCAGUCAGUACCAAACAGCGGUACCUAACCUAACGCGCUGCCGGUUAUAUCAGCUCUCUUAUCAUCUCUUUUUUUUUUUUUAUUUAACCUCCUCUCUCCCUCUCUCUUACUGAUACUAUAAACAGACAAAUCUGCGCGCCAAAUUAUAAUAUAAACAAACAAUUUUUUAAAUUUUUAUACAACUUUUUUGACGAUUUUAAAUUGAUUUAAAUCAAUCAAUGGAUACACUAAAAUACUAAUGGAAUUUGUAUAUAAAAAUAAAAAAAUAAUUAGUGAAGUUUUGUUGUGCUAGUGAAAGUGAUAGUUUUGUUUUUUUAAAUUAAAACAAUAAGUGUGUGUUGAUUUGAAAAGUUGGAUAAAUAAAAAAUCAUUAUACUCGAUGGAUAAAGUUUGAUAAUUAAUAAACAAUAUACUUUAUCUUUGAUUGGCAAUCUUGAUGCUGGUCAAUAAUGUUUGUAAUAUUAUCGGAGUAAAAAUUAUAAUGCUACCACAAUAAUAUUGUCUUCAACAUCAGUUGGAUUUAAAUAAAAUUACAAUGGCGCUAUUUUUUAUCAUCAUGGUCAUGCAAACACUUUCAUCGACAUUUGCCACGGGGGAUUUUCGUCAUAUUUCAUAUGAAGAUCUCAUUGAAAAAAGUAGUCUAUUUACAAGUGAAGGAGUCACAACGUAUUCACAAUUAUUAUUUGAUGUUGCAAGACAGCAGGUCAUUGUUGGUGCAAGAGAUAAUUUAUACAGAUUGACAUUGACAACAUUGACACCAUUGGAGCAUGCAGUAUGGCCAGCACCAGCAGAUAAAAUAACAACAUGUCAGGACAAAGGUCAAACACCUCAAAAUUGUCGCAAUUACAUAAAGGUUCUUCUUACAAAUGGAAAAAGUUUAUUUACUUGUGGAACAAAUGCUUUCAGUCCACUGUGCACCUGGCGUGAGAUUGAAAAUAUUAAUAAUGUAACGAGUCGUGUGUCCGGAGUAGCAAUGGCACCCCAUUCACCAGCUUCCAAUGUCACUGCUCUUCUUGCUAGAUCAAAUGGUGGACUUUUUUCUGGUACACCACUUGAUUUUUCUAGUACUGAUGCUGCUAUUUAUCGUACACUUGCUUCACCAAAUUUGCGAACUCAACAGUAUGAUUCUCGAUGGCUAAAUGACCCACAAUUUGUUGGAAGUUUUGAGACUAAAGAUCACGUUUAUUUUUUAUUUCGUGAAAUUGCUGUGGAGUAUAUCAAUUGUGGCAAGAAAAUAUAUUCAAGAAUUGCAAGAGUUUGUAAAAAAGAUCCAGGUGGUAAACCAAUGCUGAAAGAUGUAUGGAUGUCUUUUAGCAAAGCUCGAUUAAAUUGUUCACAACCUGGUGAAUUUCCAUUUUAUUAUGAUGAGAUACAGGGUGCUGCUUACAGUCCAGAUGAAGGAAUUGUUUAUGCAACCUUCACAACUCCAAGCAACGCAAUUGCUGGUUCAGCAAUUUGUGCAUUCAAUAUGACAUCAAUUGAAUCAUCAUUCAAUGGUCCAUUCAAACAUCAAGAACAUUCUGGUGCAGCAUGGGAAAAAAAACGUGUACCAAAUCAAUAUAGACAACAUUGUGAUGUACCAGUUGAACAACAUCAAGUAAUGGAUAAUAAAAAAUAUCAACUUAUGGAUGAAGCUGUACAAGGUACAAAAAUUGGACCAUUAUAUUCAACAACAAUGGAAAGAUUUACACAUAUUGCUAUUGAUAAAACAUCAACUAAAUUUCAUCAAACUAUAACUAUUUUAUAUGUUGCAACUGCUGAGGGAUUAAUUAAAAAAUUAUCUCUAUUAUCAAAAACACAAGUUACAUGUGUUGUUGAAGUAUGGGGACCAUUACCAUCACCUGCUAUGAUUUUACAAUUUUUAAAAGAUUCACAAAGUUUAUAUGUUGGCAUGGAAAAUGGUCUACUCAGAAUACCAGCAGCUCAAUGCCAUCGUCAUAGAAAUCGUCAAGCAUGUUUAAAUGCCCAAGAGCCAUAUUGUGGUUGGAAUGAACACAUGAUGAAAUGUGAAAUGGCACCAAAUCAAAAUCAUCAAGCUAAUCAUUGGCAACAAGAAAUUAAAAGUUGUCCAGUAUUAACUGAUCCAGUUGAUGGUGGUUGGAGUGCAUGGAGCACAUGGGCACCUUGUCAGCAUGGAACUGGAGAAAUUGCAAAUGGUUAUGGACGUUCACAUUCACGACAAAAUUCUGACAAUACUGAGGAUUUUGAUACUUGUCAGUGUCAAACACGUGUAUGUAAUAAUCCACCACCAGAAAAUGGUGGAUCAACAUGUACAGGACCAAAAAUAAAAGUAUCAAAUUGUACAAUACAUGGUGAUUGGUCACAAUGGUCAUCAUGGUCUGGUUGUUCACAAACAUGUGGUUUUGCAAUGAAAACACGUAGUCGUACAUGUACUAAUCCAGCACCAGCUUAUGGUGGUCGUGUUUGUGUUGGUCAUGAUCAUGAUGAAAUAAUAUGCAUUGGUUUACCACCAUGUCCAUUGACAAAACAAUUAUCAGCAUCAUCAACCACAACGACAACAACAACAACAACUACAUCAAUACAAACAAGUGGUCGUUGGUCAUCUUGGGGUCCUUGGAAUUCAUGUUCACGUCCUUGUAAUGGUGGUAUACGUUUACGUGAAAGAACUUGUGAUAAAUCAUCAUCAUAUAGCAAUGAUAAUGAUUGUCCAGGUUGUAAUUUUCAAAUUGAACAUUGUAAUACACAGCCAUGUUCAGAGUCACGUAAAUUUUCAGCAUGGACACCAUGGUUUAUCACAACAAAUUCAUUAAAUACAUCACAAAAUAAUUUUGGUUAUAUUGAAAAAAGAUAUAGAUACAGUUGUAAAGAACAAACUGAAGAUCCAUCAAAUAUUAAAAUUGAUUUAGUUAAAGAAGAAGAACGUUUUUGUCGUAAUGAUGGAUCAUGCACUCGUGGUAAUGUUAAUAAAAAAGUUAUUGAUAAUGAUAUGGUAAAUUCAGACAGUGGAUGUAACAUUCAAGCUUGUAAAAAUGCAUUAAAAAAAAAUGAUAAUUCAUGGUCAUGUUGGAGUGAUUGGUCAUUAUGUGAUGAUGAAACAGGACAACAAUAUAGAACAAGAAAUUGUUUACAAUCACAAGGUUUUGGUUGUCAUGGUGUUAAUAAAGAAAUAAGAGAUUGUUUAUCAAAAUGUAAUGAUGAAGAAAUAAUGUCAAAUGCAUUACCAAGAAGAGGUGAAAUUGUUGGUGCAUCAAUGGGUGCUGUUGUUGCUGGUUGUUUAGUUGGUUUUUUAAUGGGUUUAGCAAUGUGUUCACUUGCUGCAUUUUUAUAUAUGAAAAGAAAAAAACCAACUGUACCUGGUAGUCCACAUUAUAUAAGUAAACAAAAUCCCUACGUUGCUGUACCAUUGAAAGAGUUUUGUUUUCAGGUAAAUACAAAACGACAACCAAGUUUUUCUGGUUCAAGUCAUGGUAAUGGAACACUUAGAACAAAAAUUAAUCCAAAUGUCAAUGGUUUGGGUAGUCCAAAACUUUAUCCAAAAGCUCUUGAUUAUGAAUCAGCAACAUUAAAAAGAAAUAGCCAUGGACAACAACAUAUUCGAGCGGAUUUAGAUCAAGAAAAGUAUUACUAAAAACCACAUUACAAAGAUUUUAUUGACUGAUACUUAAUUAAACACAAUUUUAUAUAAGUACUGUGUUCAACUGACAUUGACCAGGAACAAAAAAAAACAAACAAAAAUUAAUAAUAAUAAUUGCAAUUGAGUAAUUAUAAAACGACUGAAAUUAUCAUAAAUCGAGUAGACUCUUGAUCUGACGUUUUAAUGACAAUUUAAUAUAUACAAUAGUUUUUUUUUUUUUUUUAAUUUAUAAUGACGUCAGAUUGUUGCUCAAAUGUAGAUUGAGUUGCAGUAAAUAUAUUGUUAAUUUUUGGGAUUUAUUUACAAUUGUAAUAUGUCAAUAACCUAC